AAAAUGAAAUAGUUGAACGACCAAUGUUUUAGUGGGUGCGCGUAUGUGAGUAUUGGACUGUCAAAAUAGACCGAAAAAGGCGAUUUUUUCGAGUUUUCCACAUUUGGGAUUGGUUUGUUUAUUUGUGAAAGAUCAUGUACAGUGCAGUGAAGUGUUUUUAAGUGGCCCCAGGAUUUUAAUAUCAGUAGUAAUUCAGGAAUUUGCUAAUUUGAGUUUCAGUUAAGCCGACAUCAUGUUCAAGAGUUUUAUAAAGGGUGUGACUUCCGACCGCGAUGACAAAGAUAAACGGAAGCGAGAUAAGAAGGAUCGCAAAGAUAAACAAAAAAUGGACCGGGGCAGUUUGUCGGCCGAAGAUCUUUUGAGAUUAGAGGUUCGACGGUCUCUGAAAAUCCGUGGUCGGCGUAAAGAUAAGGAGAAACUUCCAUCAGGCAUCACAGCAGACUACACUGCCGAUUUUCUGGCGAGCCUGGAACGAACAUCAGAAUCCCCACUUAUACCCGGAUCUCCAAAUCAAUCAAACAACUUUGAAGGGGGUUACACCCAAUCAGAUAGUUCGGAAACUAGUCUAAAUUCAUUAAACCAAAAAAAUCUACCACCGUUACCUCCAAAGCCUCCCAAAAGGGGGAUUCUCAAGACACCAAGAGUUACCUUAACCCAGGAUACCAGUCCAAGUACUGUCAAUGGUCACAAAGAGGACCAAUCUAGUCACAAUGGGCACGACACAAUUGAUCAUGUGAAUUUAGUCAGAAAUACGUUGCAGAAUGAACUGAUAACGUAUCAAAAUGUACCUGGCCACAAUGGGUUUGAUAUAAGAAGUAUGAGUAGUCAGUUGCUGGUUAUUACAUCAACUUCCCCAAGUGCAGAUAGUUUGACUGACACUACGAAUAGUUCAUUUGCCACUCCACCGUUUUCAUUGAGCCCUGUAGGAGAAUCACAAGGAUUUCAUAGAUGGUCCAGAACUUCAAACUUCGAUGAAAUCAAUCUACCUCUUCCCAAUAUUAUACCCAUAGUUCUUCCGAAACCAAGAACACUUGUAGUUCAACGACAGAAGCCGCCCAGAAGUGAUUUCGGUUUUUCACUGAGACGGGCCAUGGUGUUGGAACGGUCGGGAAAUAAUUCAUUAGAAGGUGGCGUUAGCAUGCGAGCUGUGAUAUUCGCGGAACCUGGGGCGAUGGUUCAACAUCAUAAUGAGACCGGCUUAUUACCUGGUGACAAACUGUUAGAAGUUAACGGAGUAACUGUUGAAAAUCGUGCAAGGGAGGAAAUCAUUGAUAUGAUUAAGGCAUCAGGAGACAGUGUCACGUUGAAGGUUCAACCUGUAGCUGAGUUAAGCGAACUUAGUCGAAGAUCUGCUCAUGAUGGUGGAGAAAUCGACUUGGAUGACUCAAACAUUAGAGGAGGCACUCUAAAGCGAUCUGGCAGUAGAAGGUUUAACAAGUCCACGACGGCAAAAACGGAAGAACAUCUACAGAAAGAAAAACAAUGGCUGGAUGCAGAAAGGGUGUGGCUAAUGCAUAGAGGUGGCUUUGCCGCGGCCAGAAAAGAGUUUGAUCCGAAUUCCGAUCCGGGAAAGAUCACAAUCAAGCUGGAACAGUCUGGAGAUAUUCUGCUGGUGGAUGAAGAUGAUAUCGAAAAGGCCAAUCCUCCCCAAUUUGACCGAGCAGAAGAUUUAGCAGCUUUGAGACACUUAAAUGAGUCCAGUGUGCUACACACCUUACGUCAACGGUAUGCGACCAAUUUGAUUCACACUUAUGCUGGAUGCAGAACCCUCUUAGUGAUCAAUCCGAUGGCUCCUUUGGCCAUAUAUUCGGAGAAGGUGGUUGCACUUUUCAAAGGUUGCAAGUCAGAAGAUAUGCCGCCUCAUAUCUAUUCAAUGGCUCAGUCGGCCUAUCAUAACAUGCAAUCAAGUCGCAGGGAUCAAUCCUUGGUAUUCCUUGGUCGAUCCGGAGCUGGAAAAACGUCGAAUUUUCGUCACUGUGUCCAGUAUCUAGUGACUGCCGCAGGUACUGCCAACAAUGUGCUUAACUUAGAAAAGUUGACCGCCAUGUGGACUGUAUUGGAAAGUUUUGGCAACUGCAAAACUGUGAUGAACACAAAUGCAACCCGAUUCACCCAGAUUUUCAGCGUGGAUUUUGAUCAGGGUGGUGCUAUAUCAUCGGCAAGUAUUCAGAUCCUUCUCCUAGAAAAGAGCAGAAUUGCGAAAAAAAUUGAUGGAGAAUCGACUUUUCAUAUCAUGAACCGUCUGCUUUGCGGUGUUGAAGGCUCAUUACGCAAAGAACUGUUUCUCGAUAGCAUAUCUGGAAAUGAGAAUAAUUUAUUAAUGCAUUUGCUGCAAAAACAUGAAGACAAGCAGAGAGCCCAGCAGGAAUUCAUCAAAACCUGUAUGGCAUUGCAGGCUUUAGGCAUUUCGAAUGGUGAACAGAAAGUGAUUUUCUCAGUCUUGGCAGCCAUUUUUCAUUUGGGUUGUGCAGGAGCUGUUAAAGCUGGCAAUAACAACAGAUAUCAAUUCAGCAGUCCUCAGAGUGCUCAACGCGCAGCUACACUUUUGGGAACCUCAGUUGAAGAACUAUCGAGAGUUAUUUUCGGACUAUCUUCGGGAGGAAUGGUGACUCCUAAUCAACCAAGAGCUCCUUUCCGGACUCCGUCGCCAACUGAUAAAGGGUUGGAGAGGGAGGCAGUUGGAAUAGAAGCUGUGGAAGGAAUCGUUAUGGGACUUUAUUCCGAAGUUUUCAACUGCGUGGCGAACUUAAUUAACAGAGCAAUAUCUGCUAGUACUCACACCACAACUUCGAUCUUGCUUGUUGAUGCCCCAGGGUUUCAAAAUCCCGCCACUUGUGGACGACAAACUGGCGCUUUGUUUGAGGAUUUGUGCCAUAAUUAUCUUCAAGAGAGAUUGCAGCUUCUCUUCCAUCAUACUAAUCUAGUUGCACCCAAAGAUCGGUAUCUUCAAGAAAAUAUUGACUUUACUUACGACGAAAAUGAGAAUGAAAAUUUAAUUAAUCCACUGCCUUUGGUCAAUCUUUUGGACAAGACUGCUCAAAAUACCGUUAUACGCACUUCACAGACUGACUUGCAUGAGGCAGAUAGAAGAGGGCUGCUGUGGUUGUUGGACGAAGAAGCAAUUUAUCCCGGAAGCACUGACGACUCCUUCCUUGAACGCGUAUUUAGCCAUUAUGGCGACAGAGAUCAUCAGCUGCUGCUUCGAAAAGCACCGGGAAAUAACCAGUUCAUUUUACAACAUUUGCAGGGGACAAAUCCAGUACUUUACAGUGCCAAAGGAUGGCUGAAGCAAAGUAGGGAAAAUCCGGUGUCUAGAGCGGCCGUCGCCAUUCUUCAGGAGAGCUGCAAAGAGGAUAUUAGUAAACUCUUCGUAGCUGUACGAGGAUUAGGCGCAUCUUGCUUCAGUGGUUCUGUCGUUGGACUGGAUGGUUCCCAGUCGUUACGCCGAGCUUCCAGUAUUAGAAGAACUUUUACUGGCGGUACCGCCGCUAUAAAAAGGAAAAGCAUUUGUCUUCAGACAAAAUUUACCAUCGAUGGAUUGGUUGAGACACUACGAAGAACGAAAUUGCGAUUCGUUCAGUGCAUCCUUCCUCAACACAAUGCUGGAUUGAGUGACAGCAACGGAGCUUUAAUCAAUAUUAAAUCUCCAACUGGGAAUACUGAAGAUAGUUUGCUUAAUAUACCGCUUUUACGAUCACAGAUUCGUGGAGGUCAAAUACUGGAUUCUGUGCGUCUAUACAAGCAAGGCUACCCGACAAUUUUACCACUGGGCGAGUUCCGAAGGAAAUUCAGUAUUCUGGCUGGUGAAAAUAAAAUAUCUAGUCCAGAGUUGGAUGAACGAAAAGCGGUCGAAGAUAUGCUGUUGGCAAUUGACCUGGAAUUGUCCAGCUACCGCGUCGGAUUGAGUCAAAUCUUUUUCCGCACUGGUGUUGUUUCGCAGCUAGAAGCUCAGCGCGAUGAACGGCUGGCUGGUGUUGUAAUAUCUCUUCAAGCCCAUUGUAGAGGGUAUUUGGCUCGCAGAAAGUUGCAGCAGAAGAAAUUGCAAGAUCUGGCUGUGAGAUGCAUUCAGAGAAAUGUGAGAAAGUUUAUGCUGGUGCGAGAUUGGCCUUGGUGGAGGCUCCUGAUUCGAGUCACUCCGCUGCUAAAUGUUCAUCGUACCGAAGAGGAGCUAAGAGCGAAAACGGCUGAACUUGAAGCGCUGAAAACAAAACUUCACAAAAUUGACACUGAAAGGACAUCCUUGAAGAACGACAAUGACCUAUUAGAAGCCAAGUUGAGCGAGAUGACUGCGGAUUUGGCUGAAGAACACUCAACAGCUACUUUGGCAGCUGAGAGGCUUGAUGCAGAAACUUCAGAAAGAAUGCGUUUGGAAAAAGAAUUAUCGGAGACCAAACACAAGAACAAAGAACUACAGCAGUCUUCUGAACGGUUGGAAAUGGAACUACUCUACGCUAAAUCGGAUUUGAAUGGAAUUUGCGAAGAAGAUGAAGACGGAAGCGAAGGUGACGGGGUCUAUAAGCAGCGAUACGAAAGAGCCCUUAAAGAACUCGAAUUUACUAAAAGGAGAUUGCAGCAACAACAUGAAGAUGAUUUAGAACAACUUGUGGGCCUGAAGAAGCAACUAGAAAAGAAGCUAGCUGAUGCCUAUGAAGAAGUUGAGGAACAACGACAAGUGGUUGGAACUUGGAAGAGAAAAGUGCAAAAACUGAACGGCGAAAUGAACGACUUGAAGUUACUAUUAGAGGAACAGAGCAGUAGAAACAAUCUUUUGGAGAAAAAGCAAAGGAAAUACGAUUCAGAAGCUGCUAUGUUGCAUGACGAACUUAAGAAAGAAAAACACGCCAAAGAUCGACUUUGCCGGGAAAAAGAAGUACUUAUGGCCGAAAAGUUUGCUAUGGAAAGCACAAUCGCUGAUGUUCGACUGGAGUUAGAAUUAAAGGAGGAACGAUUGUCUGCAUUACAACGGGAAUUUGAUGAGAUCACUUGUGGAGGCAAAACGGAAGAGGAAGUGACGACCCUCCGAAAGCAGAAAAUUGACUGUGAAAGACGGUUGCAAGACCAAGAAGAAGAACUUGACGAACUAGCCGGUCAAGUACAGUUGUUGGAACAAGCUAAACUGCGACUGGAAAUGACCCUGGAAUCAAUGAGAAAAGAAGCCAAAAAAGAGUCGCAGAUGAGAGAAGAGGAACUGGAAGAUGCUAGAUGCAACGCGCAAAAGAAAGUUAAAGCGCUGGAACAGCAAUUAGAAAAUGAACAUGAAGAACGUACGACUCUGCUGCGGGAAAAGCACGAGUUGGAAAGAAGGCUUCAAGCAGCUGCAGAUUCUGACAGACAAGAUAGGGCAGGCGAUGAAGCUUUGUUGCAAAGGCUAAAGAGGGAUUUGAAGCGAACCAAGGCUUUAUUGAGAGACACCCAGGCGCAACUGGAAAGACAGAAGGCUGAAACUCCAGGCAAAAAUAUGAUCAGACAGUUAAGGAACCAAUUAGAAGACUUGGAGUGUGCCCGUGCAAUUGCCGCUAAAACUAAACAGAGUUUGGAACACGAAUUAUCCGAAAUGCAAGGGCUCUUGGAGGAUGCCCAUAAGCAAAAGUCGGAUGCUGAAGACAGAGCCAAUGGACUACUGCGCGAAAAAUCUGAUAUUCAGACCCAAUUGGAAGAAAAUGAAGAGGAAUUGGCUGAGGUUUUGAAGAAAUAUAAAGCUGCAGUUCAACAGAUGUCAGUUGAUCAAAUGGCGUUGCAAGAACAGGUGUCAAUAGUAUCGGAACUGGAAGUGGAAAGAAACCAUUUGAAAGAACAGCUUGCGGAAUUAUCGACAAGAUUGGAAAGUGCUGAGAGCAUGGGUGGUGCAUCUUCAAAUCUGCUUUAUAAAAGAUCCGAGCUCAAAGUUAAGGAAUUAGAAUCCAAGUUGGAACUGGAACAAACCACGAGGUCGAGAUUAGAAGUACAAAUUGCACGCUUGAAGGAAACAGUUGAAAAAUUGCAAACUGACAUAACGGCUUCCCGAGUAAAAGAGCAACAGGCCCAAGACCAAGUUCGCAAAUUGCAAAGACAUGUUCGAGAAAUCAAAGAAGAACUUAAUAAAAGUCUAGCCAAAGAAUCGGAAGUCAUUAUUAAGAAGAAAGAGUUGGAGAAACGUUGUGAAACUUUGGAAGCCGAAUCGUCAACCGCUCGGGCAGAUUUGCGAUUAGCUUUGAAAAGAAUAGAAGAUCUUCAGUCUGCUAUACAAGGAGAGUUAGAGGACAGCAUUUCGAACGAGUCAGACAGUGACGAAGACAGCUACGGUUCAGACGAAUCAGUGAACACUUUCCUGGCCAAUCACAAAGUGGGUUCACCCGUCAAAAGCGAAAAAUCUAUUGCAAACGAUGUUCGAAGAUUAUCAUCAACUAGUCGCUCCAGUACUUCGAGCAAUUUAGGAAAAGACUCGUCGUAUGCCUGAGUGAAGGAGUCCCUCUGCAAAACGAUAUCGAUGACGUUUUGCAUGCGAGAGGCAACUACAGAGGACAAUGUUGUGGUUGAAUUCGUCUAGUAGAAAUCGAAUAUUUCUCCACAUUCACAUCUGAAAGGUUUGUUACCAUUACAGCCAUUUUUACUACUGUCAGGCAUUUAAAAUUUCACAUUGCGACUACUUUGUAUCAAACAUCAGUGGUUAUACCUAAAUUCUUAUCGUUAAGCUAGAAUCUUUAUGCAAUAAUGCUAGUGACGCCUCAUAUUAUAAACCAACAAAUCAGGUAUAAAUGUAAAUCAAUUAUACUAUUUCUAUCAGCUAUAUAGCUGGCAUAUUCAGCGAAGCUGCUAGUGACUAGGUGCCUAACAAUUAUUUCUUAUGAGGUUUUAUAUAACAGGCUUUUUAAAAUUUGUAUUUGAUACUAUUUUAAGCAUAUAGAGCAAGCAAAUAUUUAGAUACUUAACAUGUAACGCGUUUACAAAAUUUUAUUUUACUGCUUAAUGUAAUUUUCAAUUUUUAUACAGUUUAGUGUUGAAUAAAUAAUAGUGGCUAUAUUAUUUACAUCCAAUCGAAUUGUAUAUUCGUAGUAACUUUUCUUAUAUUACUUCAAGUUAAAAUCCUACAGAUUUUUAGACUUAUUUUAUAAACUUAAUACUAUGAAAAGACUGAUGAGUUAAAGCACUAGAAAGAAGAUAGUUAAUUUAUUGUUGAUUUGAUUGUAAACGGAAACGUUGAAGAACGCAUCGCCUUGAUAGCACGGUAACCACUUAGGAGUUUUCAACAGUGGUGAAAAUAUCAUUCUUCCAAUAGGCAAAAAUCAAAUAUUCACGUAGGGAAAUGUAGUUGCAGAGCACGACUAAACUUCUAUAUUAGUUGUAAAGUGUUAUAAAUGUAUUAAUUUAAUUAAAAAAUAGAUUCACCAUAUCGGUUUUUUUAAAUGAUUUUAUUUAGUUAGUGUAUAUAGAUUAACUGCCUGUAUUUUUUGUGAAUAGCUAGAACAUAAUUUAUAAUGGAAACUUUUGUAUUAAAAUAGAGUGUACCUAUCUUAAGAUUGGAUAUGCUUAAAUCAUACUUGUAUAGAUAAGUUUAAUGUUGUGAAAUAUAAUUACAGUUUAUCAAUUUAA